GAACCAUCAUGGUGAAAAUGAAUAAUCAAGAACGAAAAUUAAUCCUUGGCAUGCCGUAAGUAGGACGGUUCAGUCUACGGGGGCAGAGGGUGUUUAUCAUUACCAUGUUUUGCUUUGCGACGUCGCGUUUUAAUGUUUCUUAAUCCUAGAAGUCGUACGGAAAUUUGAAUUGUGUUUUUGGUCCGCCGGUCGCCGCCUGACGCUGACGCCAGCGCUACGUUGCUCACAGAUGACGUGAGCCACUGUGCGAGGAGCAGUCCUCUGUUCCUCGCCGGGGACGGCAAUGGGAGUCUCUCUGCGUGCCUCCGUGCUGCGGUCUGGUGUGGCACCGAGCUUGUUGCUAACGACAGGUUUUGGACAUGAUGCUGUCGCGUCGCUGCGUUACGCUCAGGCGUCACUGCUCGCAAAGCACCGAAUAAACACGUUGAAGAAUUAUCAAUCCAGGAAAGUAGAAGUAGACUACACCAGAAGGGAUGCGCAAGCGGAGGGGGAAACUGGGUUGCAGUCUCCGCCGGCGGCAGCUGCAGAAACAACUGCUCCGGCUGGUCCAGGGGAUGCAGCUGCCGGUGCCACGACGCCGGCUUACGAAGAGCAGAAGUGUGCGUUUGACAAUGCGCUGUUUAACCUGAGCCCGUCGGACCAGCAGUCGCUGUUGCAGGAAAUCGGUACGAUGCAGGCAGACGUGGACUAUGUGCGGUCGGGGGGCAGCCACCUGUGCGGGUUUUGGAACACUCCCUGCAACUGCCCGAAUGGGUGGAUCGUAUUCGGCGUGCCGCAUCUGGGCCUUUGGUCGACGCCGCCCUACCCGGUGCCUGCGUCUGCCACCGCUGCCACCAGCUCGCCCGUGGUGUGUGGGUCCGCGCAGAUGCAAAUCCCGCCCGCCUUUCUUUCGCAAGUGGAGCAGAGCGGGGGCAAGAACCUCGCGGAGUGCCACUGCUACGGGCAAAACCCCAUGGGGAAGCAUCUGCAGAAGCAGCUGAACUCCGUUUCGCUGCUGCAGGAAGCGUGGGUCUUCCUCUUGCGCCUCCUGGAGCGGCGAAAACUGAUGCCACUGGGCACGCGCAACGUCAAGACGCAGGGCAUGGAAAACUGGUCCAAGCGCGCCACAGAAAUCGGCGCGCCCCCACGGGUCCCGGAGCACUACUUUAUCAAUCGCUACAUGAUGGCGCUGCGAAACAUGCCACAGCUCUUCCAAGUUCUCCUGAGAAACGUGCCCGCGGCAGCGACCCAGCCGCAGCAAGCUGCGGCGAUCUCCGCGACAGACACGACACUAUCCGAAAAGCUAGACCACUUAGGGCCCGACCAACUCGCGACCCUCCAAACAGCGACGCAAGAAGAAGAACAGAGCAACAAGGGGAAAGGGAUGAUCACGACCCGUGCCGGCGGAUUGCGUUGCGGGGAGUGGGCCGAGGUGAACUACGCACUGCUUUUCCAGCACUUUUGCCAGGACAUCAUCGCGUUUCGCUACGAGCCGACGCUGCAGGGCGUGCCGCCGCAUUUGGACCUGCAUGCCCACACACUAUACGGGGAUAUCCUCGAGUACCCCAAGCUCCUCGGGCCUGAUAACUACCUGGAUCUGAUCGUGUCCACGCAGGUGUUAUGCAUUGCAAAUAUGUCAUCUGGACCUGGAGCAAGGCAAGUUGUCAUGCCAAAUUUGGAUCGCGAUCGCUAUCGCUAUCGCACAAAAUCAAAAAUCUGUGUUGCAUGGACGCUAAACGUUGCUCAUUCUCAUGCGGGUUCGUUAUGAAGAUCAAGUUCAAGAUGCUGUCGCAAAACCUGCGAUGCUUCAGACUGCAUUCCAGACCAUUUUUAAGGUCCACGAGAGCAGGCACUACAAACGCGCGCAUCCCUCCAGGUCCAGACACAUUUGCCUUUGAUAGGUGUUCGAGCACCUGCCCCACCCGGAGCAGUCCGCCACAGCGCUGUACAACAGUCUGCACGCCGGGGGGUUGCUGUUCCUCUCCGUGCCACAGCUCGCGCAGUACCACCAGGUACCGGGCGACUUUUUUCGCUACACCAAGGAGGGCGUGCAUUCGUUGCUCUCGAACGCGGGCUUCUGUGUGCCGAAGACGCUGAUGGCGAGCGGCGGAGACUACGUCUGGGACAUCGCCCGCAGCGCCGGGCUGCAGACCUCCGACUUCACGCAGGACGAAAUCGACCAGGCCUUCCAGUGGGGCUACGACGCCAUGAGCGACGGGGCGUCCACCAUUUUUGCGGUGGCGAUCAAGCCCCCUCACCCGCAUCCAGAAUGCCACGGCUUUCGAUAAAAACGAAGAUCGAUGUUGAGCACCAGCACGACCACUGGAUUCGUAUGAUAUUUGUACACACAAAGACCGAGUCAUCUUGAAGCCCUCUUGAUGCCUAUGCGUUUUUCUUUUUCAUUUUUCCAUCUGAGCGUGCUGGUCUUCGUUCUUGUAGCAAAUGCAAAACUAUGAGUAUGGAAAUUAAUAUCUUACAGCACCACGCCGCUGGUUCGGUUUCUCGUGAUUCUAUCCGCUAUGAGUAGAACGAUUGAGUUGUGCCUUGGUUACUGCCACGCUUCUGGCUCCCCCCGUGAAAAAGUUUUCACUUGGAGAUGCGUCUCUAUACAUGAGGUAAUGAUUGUACAUAGAAAUGUGCGUCUUUUCUUUUCCAGUUUCUUUGCAGCGAAAGCAUGCAAAGCUGCCGCCCAAGGUAAGGGUCCCGUCUCGGCGCAAUGAAACAAAAAGCUGGGUAAUAAAACUUGAACUUGCGGAGAAAAUGAACAGUUAGACUACGGUGACUCCGUUGGCGUGCCGAAACAAGUUCACCACUAAACAACGAGCACUCAUGAGAAAGC